AGAUCUCAUUCCCUCUCUCUCUUUCUUUAUACUUAAAAUAAAAUAUUCUUAACUUCCAUGUAUUCAUCUAAUUUCAUUAUUUAUUUAAUUUUUGUGUUACGAAAAUGGAAAAUAAUUUUAUAAUUAUAAAUUAAAUAUUAAGAGAAAACCCAAUAAAGAAGAACGUAGAAGAAGACACAAACAACCGACUCGCUCUUCUUCUUCUUCGUUCGAUUUCUCCAUUCUUUUGCAAAGAUUUACAGAGCGAGAAAAUGUGAUGAAAAUGGGGGUAGCAAAGGCAUGGAGGUUUAGCUUCAUCUCUCCCAACCUGGCUGUCCUUCACCCCCAAAACCCUCACAAUGCCACCGCCACCGUCAAGCCCCUCGUCUGUUACAGAUCGCCCAAUCCUUCCCCCUCUUCAUCUUCAGCCUCCUCCUGGUCACUCGUCUGUGGUCUUAUGCUCUUUGGCCUUGGCUUGAUUUCCCUUAUCACAGGUCACGUAGCUUCUCAUCUCGAAUGGUACUCACACCGCCUUGGAAAGCCUUCUAUUUACUCCAAACUGGAUUUUGGACGUAGGACGGCUCCCAUUGAUAUCUGGAAAUCCAAAUACUCCAACCAUUUCUAUGGAUGUAGUGAAAGAGGCCCGCGUUUUACUCCUGCUACUCGGCAACGAUUCUCCAAUGGCUAUUUACUUAUUGCAACUAGUGGAGGGCUGAAUCAACAAAGAACAGGAAUAACAGAUGCUGUGGUUGUUGCCCGAAUUCUUAAUGCUACAUUAGUUGUGCCAGAGUUGGAUCAUCAUUCCUUUUGGAAGGAUGAUAGUGACUUUGUUGACAUUUUUGAUGUCAAUUGGUUCAUUUCUUCUCUUGCAAAAGAUGUCACCAUUGUUAAGAGAGUUCCUGAGAAAGUCAUGAGAUCAAUGGAAAAGCCUCCAUAUACUAUGCGUGUUCCUAGGAAAUCUGCCCCUGAUUAUUAUCUUGAUCAAGUGCUGCCAAUACUUUUGAGGAGACGUGUUGUGCAAUUGACCAAGUUUGAUUACAGACUCUCAAAUGACCUUGAAGAAGAGCUGCAAAAGCUGCGUUGUCGUGUCAACUAUCAUGCUUUAAGAUUUACAAAACCUAUACAAGAGCUUGGUCACAAACUUGUGAAGAGAAUGAGAAAGAUGGCAGGACGCUUCAUUGCGGUUCACCUAAGGUUUGAACCUGAUAUGUUAGCAUUUUCUGGAUGUUAUUAUGGUGGGGGUGACAAAGAGAGAUAUGAACUUGGUGAAAUCAGAAAGCGCUGGGAAACACUACCUGAGUUAAGCCCUGAUGGAGAGCGAAAGCGAGGAAAAUGUCCACUUACCCCUCAUGAAGUUGGUUUGAUGUUGCGAGCACUUGGUUACACAAAUGACACAUUUCUCUAUGUUGCUUCUGGUGAAAUAUAUGGUGGGGAAGAAACUUUACGUCCUCUAAGGGAACUCUUUCCCAACUUUUACACAAAGGAGAUGCUUGGAAAUGAAGAACUUAAACCUUUUCUUCCUUUCUCUUCACGAUUAGCUGCCAUUGACUACAUCGUCAGCGAUGAGAGUGAUGUGUUUGUUGCCAAUAACAAUGGCAAUAUGGCUAAAAUUCUUGCUGGUCGAAGGCGGUACAUGGGUCAUAAGAGAACCAUCAGACCAAAUGCAAAGAAACUUAGUGCUCUGUUUAUGGCAAGGGAACAGAUGGGAUGGGACACUUUCUCGAAGAAGGUAAGGUCGUGCCAGAGAGGAUUCAUGGGUGAACCAGAUGAGAUGAAACCAGGGCGUGGUGAGUUUCAUGAAUAUCCACACACUUGUGUCUGUGAGAAACCGAAACCAUUUAAGGAUUUUGAGGACAAGGACCAAGUAGAUAACCCAGCUCACGUAGCAAAAGGCUCGACAACAAAAAGUUGAAACUAGAGUUCAUGGAGAUGGAGUGAAGGUGACAAUGGGUUAAACUUGCUAAAAAGAGUGAAGUUGGGGCGUCUGAAAGGGAACAAGGAGAUUUUUUUUUUGUUAAUUUAUUUUUUACUGGUAACGGAGAGCAUCAUGAAAUGGUGGUUAGACUCAUAUCUAUAGAUUUAUUGGAAAUGAUGGUGAGGUUGCACCUUUAGUUUUGACAAUUCUUCAUCAUAUGAGCUUAAAAUUUGGAGUAGCUCGACAUUUUGAAAGCAUUACCCGGUUGCUGUUUGGUGGUGUUGUUGAUUAAGUCUGUGAAGGAUAGAACUGGACCUUGUAUAGUAGAAGGCUCUUUACUGAGUUGCAAUUGUUUGCAAUUGUUCAUAAUAGUUUUUUCUAGAUAAUAGUUGUGUAGAAACUCAUGUUUGAAGCUUGUUACUCAAACAAAUCUAAUUUAAUUGUGUGAAUUACUUUUGCUGUACCCUGUACUUGAUAUUAUUUUAUAUUAUGUCACAUUUUCACAUGGUAAGGAUGAAAUCUGAAUCAUCUAAUUGAA